CAAAGCCCACAUUUGUAAACGACAAAAUUUCGAGAGCGUGUGGCUAAAAAUUAGAAACAAAAAUUACAAAAUUUAAAACCCAAUAAUAAGUAAAUUAAUUAAAAUUAAAAUUGUAUGCUUCAUGUGGAAAGAGCCGAUAGGAACAUCAAGGCUCGGCUCACAUGGCCCCGUUCUAAAACUCUUCCAUCAUUUAAAGCCCUCUCACUCCCGUUUCUUCUUCACAUCAAAAGUUUUAAUUCCCUUGACUCAAAAACAUAAGGCACUUCCUUUUGCUCUCUCUAUUUUUUUUUUUUCAUUUUCUUCUUAAUUUAAGUUUAGGAUAUUUAGACUCAUUUGUUAAUUUUCUUCGUUUUGUUAUGAAACAUACGGAGUCAAGGAGGUAUAAAGAGUUUUCUAAAGUGAAAUGGAGCAGGAGGAGGAGGCGGACGUAUAGCAGUGAUGGUGGUGAUGGCGGUGGCAGGUCAGUUAGAAUGAAGGUGAAGAAGUUGCAAAAGUUAAUUCCAGGAGGGAAAGGGUUGCAGCCGGAUCCACUGUUUUUGAGGACAGCUGAUUAUAUAUUGCAUUUGAGGUUACAAGUUAAUGUUUUGCAAGCUCUUUCCAAGAUUUAUCAAUCCGCAAUUUAGAUUAUGAUACAGAAUUCAUAAUGGCAUUUGUUGCAAGAUAAAAAUGUAUGCUCUUUUCUUUAUAGUGAUAUAUAUAUAUGGUUUUUUUAAUUAUGAUAUGAUAUUGAUGUUGUUUUUUCUAGUUUUUUUAAUUUGUUUUGUUAAUAUUGAUGGAUUUAAAGAAUGCCAUGCUCAUGCAUGUGGACUAAGUGCCCGCCCAUCUGCUGGACUUUUCCUGUCAAUUCCUUCUUUCCCUUUUUGUUCUUGAUUACAACGGUGCAUAUGCUGAAAACUGACAUUUCUAGUGUUCAACUUUGAUUUUUAUUUUUCUUUCGUAAAUUAUAAAAUUAGGAAACAAAUAGUAAUAAAUAAUGUAACAAUUAUUUUGGC